AUGGCCCGGCCAUGGCCAGGCUCGGGGAGGCUCUGGGCGCUGGGCAGCGCCAUGCUGGGGACGUGCCUAGCCCGGGCGGCCGCCCAGCUGGUGGAGCCCAGCACAGCCCCCCCCAAGCCCAAGCCCCCUCCACUGACCAAGGAGACCGUGGUGUUCUGGGACAUGCGCCUAUGGCACGUGGUGGGCAUCUUUUCGCUCUUCGUGCUGUCCAUCAUCAUCACCUUAUGCUGUGUCUUCAACUGCCGAGUUCCACGCACCCGGAAAGAGAUCGAGGCCCGGUACCUCCAGAGAAAGGCAGCCAAGAUGUACACGGACAAGCUCGAGACCGUACCCCCCCUUAAUGAGCUCACAGAAAUCCCGGGAGAGGAGAAGAAGAAGAAGAAGAAGGACAGCGUGGACACGGUGGCCAUCAAGGUAGAGGAGGACGAGAAGAACGAAGCCAAGAAGAAGAAGGGGGAGAAAUGA